AUGUAUCAUAGUAAUUCAACUGAAGAAGAAUUAGAUAGACGAAAGAAAUUUUAUAAAAAUUUGAAUGCUUUAUUAUUGGUUCAUUGUCUUUAUCUUUCAAAACAAAUAAUAUUCAAUCUCUAUAAGACAACAAUAAUUAUUGGAUUUGUUCAAUUAUAUUUUGAAUUAAGACAAUUUAUAUGGAAUCCAAUAGAAUAUAUGCAUUCUAUUUGGAAUUUAUUCGAUUUAGCUGCAUUUCUUUUUCCUACGAUCACAUCUUUUUUGUGGGUUAUUAAUCAUAAUAAUAUACCUAAUUGGGCAAUUUCAUUAUCUUGUUUAUUUUUAAACAUAAAAUUUCUUUUAUUCUUUCGAGCAUUUGAAUCAUUUGGUAUAUAUUUUGCAAUAAUUUUUGGAGUAAUUCGUCGUAUCUCUUCUUUCUUAUUAAUAUUGGUUAUUAUUAUUGCAAGUUUUGCACUUUCAUUUCAUUUACUUUUAAUUGAUGAAUUUUCUAAUGAUAGUACGAUUUUAUUUUUAUCAUUUCAAAAUUCAUUACUUGCAACAUAUUUAUUUUUAUCUGAUACUGGUUUAAUAACAAGUUCAAUAAGAGAUUUGGAUUUAAAAACAGAUAAUGCAACUUUUAUAAUUUUAAUGAUUUUAUUCUCAUUAUUAAUAGUUAUUUAUCUUAUGAAUCUAUUUAUCGGACUUCUUAAUAUACGAUGGAAACAUUGGUUCCCAGAAGUUAUACAUUAUAAAGUAAGAAAGGAUGUUAUGCGUAAAUAUGUUCGAGAAGCAAUUAACAAUGGAAAAUGGAAAUCAGAUGAUGAAUAUAGGGAAAAGGUUUUGAAACAAAUCGAUAUGCUCGAUCUUAUACAAUAG